AUGGCCUCAGACCAGUAUUUUGAGGAGGUUGUACCCCAGUUGGGUUCCUUUGAAGAUAAAUCAUCUCUCGAAACAUGGAAAUGUGGUGGUGACGACAUUGCGGAUUCAGAUAAAAAUGCCUCCAGUGGCUUUGAUUGCAACAUCUGUCUGGAUUGUGUGCAAGAUCCAGUGGUCACUCUUUGUGGUCAUCUCUACUGCUGGCCCUGCAUUUACAAAUGGCUUAACAUCCAUAGUGCCUCUUCUGAAAGUGAAGAGAAGCAACGAUGUCCAGUAUGCAAAUCAGAAAUCUCACAGUCAUCACUGGUUCCACUGUAUGGGCGUGGCCAAACCACGCUACCUUCCAAAGGCAAAGGUCACCAAGUAGGGAUUGUGAUACCAAGAAGACCCCUUGGUCCUUCAUGGAUUACCAGUUCACCAAGAUCACAUGAUUCUGAAACUGUUCAACAUACUUCUCAUGUUUAUCACCGCCAUUAUCCGAACCAUCCUCAACAAUUCAACUCAAUUCCUGGCAGUUACCCUUCAACAAUGUUCAACACUGGUGGUUCACUAGCUAAUGCAUUUGAUACAACAUAUGGAGUCUUUGGAGAGAUGAUAUAUGCAAGGGUCUUUGGAAACCAGAUGACUAACGUGUACACAUACGCGAAUUCAUAUGAUCUUUCAGGGAGCAGUAAUCCAAGGGUCAGAAGGCACUUAAUGCAAGUUGAUAGGUCACUGAAUAGGAUAACUUUUUUCCUCCUUUGUUGCAUAGUUUUGUGUCUUCUCUUAUUCUGA